AUGUAAAACACUUGUUGUAAUGCAAGUAUUGCAUCCACUAUUACAAAGAAAAGUACCAUAAAUAUGAAACCACCCGAACAUCAAUUUAGAAUUAUAAGAAAAAUUGCAUAUAUCGUAAUCCCAGUAAAUUUUUUUGUAAGUAAAAAUUUGGUUAGAAUACUAUCUAAAAUCAAGUUCUAGUAAUAUUCAUUAGCUUUGAUCUAAUUUUUAAAGCAGAUCCACGAUAGCAAAUAAAAUGAGUCUACAAAGAAAAUCAAAAUAAAUUAUAAGAUAUAAUUGCUCUAGAAUAUAACUAAGGAAAACAUAAAGAGAUCGUAAGAUUUUUAUGACUGUCCAUUUUAUACAUCCCACCCUUCUUAAUCAAAGCGCUAUGAAUUGGUUUCUGUCAUGUAGAUAUGUAUAAUGUCGAUUUUAGGCAAUCUAACCUUGAAUCACAUUCAUAAAUAAUAAACAGCCAGCUGGACAAAGUUAUAUCACAAGUCUGAAAUUCUUGAUUCCCCAAAACCCCUAAAAAUGCAAUAUUUGCUGUAAUCAUGA